AUGCCCCUGCUGUGUUCCUCUCCAGGAGGUGGCGACAGCCCUGCGGAGGGGGACAAGGAGUCAAGCCCCCCAGCCCCCCAGGGCUCCCCGCCGGCGGAAGGGCCCUUCCUGUUCCCCGCUUGGGAGGAGGGCUCGGGGGACGAGAACGCCUUGGUCAUCCACAGCCAGGUGGAGGAGGAGGAGCACAAGUGCCUGGUGUGUGGGGAGAGCUUCCGCCAGCCCCUGAGCCUCCUGCGGCACCAGAAGCAGCAGCACGCCGGGGAGCGGGCCUUCCUCUGCCCCGAGUGCGGCCGGGGCUUCAGCCUCAAGCACAACCUCAUCAUCCACCAGCGGAUCCACACCGGUGAGAAGCCCUUCGGCUGCGGCGUCUGCGGGAAACACUUCAGCCUCAAGCAGAACUUGCUCACCCAUCAGCGGGUGCAUGCCGGCGGGGAGAAGGCCUGGCCCUGCGCGGUGUGCGGGAAGAGCUUCCGGGAGCAGCGGCUUCUCCUGGCCCACCAGAAGGGGGACUGCGGGGUGGCCCCCGAGGGGAAGCGGGAGGCCUCCGCCCGCCCACGGACACACGGCCGGGAGAGGCCCCACUCGGAAAGCGACGGCUGCGCAGAGAGCUUCGGGCAGAGGCCGCUCCGGGCCAAGCGCCAGGGGGAGAAGCCCCACCGGAACGGGGCCGCCUUUGCGUGCCAGGAGGGCGCGGAAGAUUUCAGCGGCAAGAGCAGCCACCAGAGAACCCACCAGGGAGGGCGGCUGCUGCUGCCAUGCGAGGAGGGCAGGAGGCCCCUGGGCCAGAAGGAGGCGGGGGAUGCCCCUUUCCGGUGCCUGACGUGUGGGAAGGCUUUUGCCCAGAAGGGGAACCUGGCUGCCCACCGGCGGAGCCACCGGGGCGAGGAGACGCUCAGCUGA